AUGCCGAAAGAGAGCAAAGGCAAGCGCAAUAGCGCUGGCCACCAAAGCAGCCCUUAUGCCGCCGUUCCAAAAAGCCAUGCCGCCAAUGCCAUCUUUCGGAUGAAAACGGACAUAGGACAGCAUGUUCUCAAAAACCCUGGCGUAGCGCAAGCAAUUGUGGACAAAGCGGGCCUAAAGCAGAGCGACAUCGUCCUUGAAGUUGGGCCUGGGACAGGAAAUUUGACGGUCAAGAUCUUGGAAAAAGCAAAGAAGGUCAUAGCUGUGGAACUGGACCCCAGAAUGGCAGCCGAGGUGACGAAACGGGUACAAGGAAAGCCUGAGGCUCAGAGGUUGGAGGUGCUGAUAGGGGAUGUGUGCAAAAUGGAGUGGCCGUAUUUUGAUGUUUGCAUUAGUAAUACACCAUAUCAGAUCUCUUCACCGCUGACGACUCGCCUCUUGUCCCAUCAACCUGCCCCACGAACAUGCGUCCUCACCUACCAGCAAGAAUUCGCACAACGCCUUACUGCUUCGUCUGCUUCUUCUCUCUAUAGUCGACUCUCUCUGAACACGCAGAUGUUCGCCCACGUAGCACACGUGAUGAAAAUCGGAAAAGCGAAUUUCAAGCCUCCACCUGCGGUCGAGAGCAGCGUUGUCAGACUUGUGCCCAAGCGGCCUAGACCACAGCUGGACUUUGACGAAUGGGAUGGAUUGCUGCGAAUAGUGUUUGUGCGGAAGAAUAAGACGCUUAGAUCGAGUUUUCUGGGGACAACGACGGUGAUGGAUUUGUUAGAGGCCAAUUAUAAGACUUGGUGUACGCAAAAUAAUGUCUCCCUUGAGGACGGGGCUGGUGAAGAAAAAGAAGAAGUGAACAUGGCAAUUGAUGAUGUGCAACCUGAAAAUGAGCAGUCUCUCGAAGACGAGGAAUGGAAAGGUAUCAAUGAUGUAGACAUGGAGAUGGACGAAAUGCUGCGAGAAAAGGAUGGGACGAAAAGCAAGCCUGCUGCGGCGUCCCUAGGCAAGCGAAAACGGGGCGGCAAGGUUGCACAGCUGGUGAGGGGGAAAGUGCGAAGGGUUUUGGAGGACAAGACUGGUCUUGCGGAUCGUCGAGCGAGGCAAUGCGAUGAAGGCGAUUUCCUGAGGCUAUUGCUGGCUAUGAAUCAAGAAGGCAUACAUUUCAGCUGA